AUGCCACUAACCAACUCAGUACUCUUCCACCGCGCCCGAUCACAUCCUGGAAAGUUAACAUGGCUUUCUGUCUUCGUCUUGUGGCAGGGUUCAGCAAAGGAUGAUUCGACAGUCAAAAAACGUAACCGUUCAUCCUCCUCCACUCCUCGACGGGUCGAUCUGGAGAAACGACGGCAUCCCUUGCGAUCGCUCUUGUUCGGGACAAAGCAAGCGGAGAGACCAAAAGCAUCUACAUUACGUACAUGCACUAUGCCAGACAUGGGAAUUGGGCGAAAGAAAGAAAGAAAGGGCCAGCCUCGAUGGGCUUCAAGGGUAGGUCUGUAUCAUACUCCCAUGGUCCAGGUGAGUGUACUGCUGGGAGCAUGGCACCCCUACCAACAGGGCGCUCAUGAACCAGCGCAAGGCUCGUUGGAUCAGGCCGAGAGCCAAUGCCCCCUACCAAAUCACACGUAUGCAUACGGGGUGAUUUCAGAGCAGACUGGAAGCGCUCUCCACUCAGCAAUUGAAGAGUGUGGCCGUGCUUACAAUCGAGUCUCUGACUCCUGCGGGAUCCAAACUGAACUGCCUUCCCCAGACCAGGCCACACAUUACAGUACGGUCCGGCUGGGAGGACGACAGGAUCUUUUUGCCGAUAAGCAAUGCAAGGCUGCGAUCCCUGUCUGGAGCCAAAGUCAAGUAACUAUCUGGGACCGUCGGUGGACCUCAGAAACUGUCGGCUUAACAGCUGCUUCUGCAGGUUCACAGCCUGAUUCAACUCUCAGGCUGGAUGUUAUGUUCAUUCUCUUCAUCUAUAUUGCUGGUCACACACAACUAUAUGUUUUCACCAGGCCGAAUGUCAAUAUCGAGCUGCAUUAUCGGUACUGA